CUGCUUCCAGCACUGAGUUGUCCUUGCUUGCGUCAAACACUGAAUCCAGGCUAUUGGGUGAGACUUGGCUGUUGGUCUUUUCCUUUCUCACCACCCCCGAGCUCUGCCGCGCCGCCGAACUGCAAGCAGCACUGCGACCCUUGGCGACCCAUGAGGACCUCUGGCAACACCUGUGCGAGCUUCGCUGGCGAGGCAAGCAAUUCAUGCCUCCCACGGAUCUGUUCCGAAAUGGUGACUACCGAGGUUUGCAGCUGACAGUGGCUGAAUGCAAGUCCUUGCUUCGCCGUCGUGAAGUUGGUUCAUCUCUGUCCGGUAUGGAGAAGUCGGAAGUGCUUCAGGCCGUGCAUCGGUCCAAUCCCCAUGUGCCAGGUGUUGGUCCAGAGCCACUGCCGAUUCCCAGCAAGUGGAAGCGAAGCUAUGUCUAUGCUGAACUGGACAGCAAGCGGCCCAACAUCACACAACAAGAGGUGGCACACUUCCGCUGGCAGCUCAUCUACCAUGGCCGUCCAUCUUCCAUGGGCUACAGGCAUUUUCAGAAGAACGGCCUUUUCGUGUCUCCACACUUCGGAGAAACUCGCUGGUUCCUGGAGCAAGAGGGUCGUUUGUUUACCCUCGAGGGAAUGGCCCCAUUGCAGGUGCACAGGGAACCUGAGACCUGGGGCUGGGUGCUUGGCGCCAGCACCAGUACUGAAUACCACUCGGUUGAGAUCGAAUCCACUGCGUUCUGAUGCCAAGAAAAAA